AAAGCGUCGUUUUCACAGUUUCUUUCAUCUUUGUCUGUGUGAUCUUCUCCUGUUUCUCCACUCACCUCUUUUUUUUUUUUUUUACUAAUUAUUCGUUUUUCUUUUUUGCAUUAAAAAUCUUCUUGCUGCUUUCCUUACCAGUUCGUCAUCGUUCUCGUAUCCAUAAACGAUAAAAUUAAAAUUGCUCCGUCAAAAGUGUGAAUGGAUCUGUGUGGUGUUCAUGCGAAGAACCUCUUCAAUACAAAUUCAUUUUGGCACAGACCGAUUCCAUCGAAUUUAGGAAGAAGUGGAAUUUCCUUGAGAGUUGUAGAUGGACGAGUGCUUGAAAUCACUCUUUUGAGGCGAAAGUCUUGCUGUAAAGGGUAUCGGCCAUAUGUUGUCAGUGCCGCAGGCAAGAAGAAUAAUGGCAACUCUUCUUCUUCUGGCAAUGACGAACAAUCCAUUCCAGAUGGAGAUGGUAUUAGACGUAACAAUUCUUCUGAUGGAAACAAAUCAGACAACUCUGAGAAUUGUCAUCAUCCUAAUCUAGAUUGGCGUGAAUUCAGAGCAAAGCUAUAUAAAGAUGAGCUGAAAGAAAUAUCAGAUACUGACACACACAAUCAAGGUGGAACAUUGCACAGUUCCAAACCACUUGGAACAAAGUGGGCUCAUCCUAUCCCAGUGCCUGAGACUGGCUGUGUACUUGUGGCUACUGAAAAGCUUGAUGGUGUUCGCACCUUUGAAAGAACUGUUGUUCUCCUUCUCAGAUCUGGAACUAGACACCCACAAGGAGGGCCUUUUGGAAUUGUCAUCAACCGUCCCCUUCACAAAAAGAUCAAACACAUGAAACCUACAAAUCAUGAUCUAUUAACUACCUUCUCUGACUGUUCUCUUCAUUUUGGUGGACCUCUUGAGGCAAGUAUGGUUUUGCUAAAAACAGGGGAAAAGUUGAAGCUUCCAGGAUUUGAAGAGGUAAUCCCUGGGCUAUGUUUUGGAUCUCGAAGCAGUUUAGAUGAUGCUGCAGGGCUUGUCAAAAAGGGAAUUCUCGAGCCUCAUCACUUCCAAUUCUUUGUUGGUUAUGCUGGAUGGCAACUGGAUCAGCUGAGAGAUGAGAUUGAGUCAGAUUAUUGGUAUGUUGCUGCAUGUAGCUCAACUUUGCUUUGUGAGGCAUUAUCAGAUUCUUCGGAAAGUUUGUGGGAAGAGAUUUUGCAGCUAAUGGGUGGUCAUUACUCAGAAUUGAGCCGGAAGCCAAAGCAAGACACGUAGGUACUAGCGUAUGAUGCCAGAUUUGGAGACAAAUGAAAAACGUGUAAUCAGGGUGUACUGAAGUUCUCCUUAAUGUCAAAUAAGUAGAUAAUUUAUGAUAAGUGUAAUCGUACGUUGUUGGGUUCUUGUAAUUAUGCUUGUUGGUAUAAUUUGAUAUAAUUUUGAGAUUAAGUUGUGUUAGUUGUAUUUUAUGAUUAAGCUGUAUAAUUUCAUCUAGAGCACAAGAGCUAAAGCAUCUUC